AUGGGAGAACAACUCAACUCAAACAAAAAAUUUAGUCGGAAGUCGGAACGGACCACCAUUUCACACAUUGCUAUGCUAAUUUCCGGUGUUCGAAUCCAGCGGCCCUUCUUCGCUCCCUCCCGCUGCUGCCUCCGCAUCAGGUGCAACUUCUCCACAUCAUCUUCUCCACUACAGGCACCCCAGCAUGUAGACGAGGAUUGCACCGAUUUCUUGCCGUGGUUGAGGCAGAAGGCUGGGGAGGAAAUUUCGUCCGUGCUCUCUGUAGGGAAAUCAAUUCAUGGCAGGUCAUUGUUUGCUUGUAAACCAAUACAUGCUGGUGAUUGCAUACUGAAAGUUCCUUACAGAAUGCAAUUGGCCCCAGAUAAUCUUCUUCCUUCAAUAAGUUCUUUGUUAGGAGAUGAUGUUACUAAUGUUGCAAAGCUUGCAUUGGUCAUCUUAAUGCACCAAAAACUUGGUCAGGCUUCUGAAUGGGCCCCUUACAUCAGCUGUUUGCCACCAGUUUCAGAGAUGCAUAGCACCUUAUUUUGGAGCGAUGAGGAAUUAAAGAUGAUCAAGAUAAGUUCUUUAUAUCAUGAAACUCUAAAACAUAAGGCUCAAAUAGAAAAAGACUUUUCAUCCAUAAAACAUAUUCUUGAACACUUUCCUGAAUUUUUUGAAGAAGUGACAUUAGACAAAUUUAAGCAUGCUUAUACUCUAGUUGAAUCUCGAGGUUGGAUCAGCACAAGGGGUGUUUCCAUGAUUCCUUUUGCAGAUUUUUUAAACCAUGAUGGAUUUUCAGAAACAGAUGUUUUGAGUGAUGACUUUCAACAAGUGUCUGAAGUGAUUUCUGAUCAGAAUUAUGCCCCUGGUGAUGAGAUUCUUAUAAGAUAUGGGAAGUUUUCCAAUGCUAGACUUCUCUUGGAUUUUGGAUUUAUACUUCCUUGCAACAAAUAUGAUCAGGUCAAAGUUGAGGUCAAUCUACCUGAGCAUGACCACCUGCGUUCAAUGAAGUUGGAUCUUCUAGAAAGACACACAACACCAGUGCCGAAAGACGAUAAUGCCCUUUCAUUGGGAAACGGCUUUAUGGUGAUGAAAGUGAAGUCAUCGAGUGGAAAAGGAAAGGGAAUCCCACAAUCACUUAGAGCAUUUGCUCGUGUUCUGUGUUGUACAUCUUCUCAAGAGUUGCAGGAGUUGGCUAUGGAAGCAAGACAAAAUGAUGGUCGGCUUGCUAGGGUUCCUUUCAAGAACAGGGCAAAAGAAUUGCAAGCACAUCAAUUCUUGCUUUCAAGAUUUAAUCACAUUAUUGAAAAUUAUAAUGCGUUUAUUCAGUCUGUAAUUAGCGACAGUUGUAGUGUGUCGUUGGGAAAAGAUGCAAGAAGGGUGGAGAUUGCUGAAGAUCUACUCAAUGGGGAGCUUAGGAUUCUUAAAUCGGCUUCUGUAUGGCUGAAAAACUACUGUGAAACCUUGAAGAACAAAAGGUAAAAUUGUAAAGAAAAUCUCUCUUGUAUGGAAUGAUUUUUAUAAGUGAAAUGGAGUACAGUUUUACUUUUUGAAUAUGGCUAUUGUAAUUGUAAUCUUAUUUAGGUUUUUGAACUUUUUUGUUUUUGUUAUAUAAGAUUUUUAAUAGUUAUAAUGGAAUAAUAUGUUAG